UAGCAACGUUCCAAUGAAGAUGGUGGUUCGGGGGGAUCAGGACAAAGGGCUAUACUAGUGGGGGUGACGCAAUGUCGAUUAUUCGGGUCAGUUUGUCAAACUGCAUACCGGAUCCUUCCCUUGUUCCUUGACCCUUGAUCUUUCUCAUAUAUAUGAGUAUAGUUAUCUAUACUUACUCAGGUAAGAAGGCGCGCGGGUAGGUGAAUAAUAUCUUACCUAAACACUUCUACCCUGAUACCAUGAACUGACUUCUCGACAUAUAUAUUCUCCAAAUAUUCUGAUACAUACAUCAACCUACUAAGGCACUUACACACAGCCUUAUUAAUUCAUACACUAAACCUCCAAAGCCAACCAUCAUAAACAGCCAUCAUGAAGGAGUCAACAACUUACAUGUAUGCCACCGAAACGCUGGGCGCCAACGUCAGCCAGUAUUCUGAGUCCGUUUCACUCAAGCUUCCUCAGCCGCUCUUGGAGUACCAUGCCCGCAUCUACAAAGACCGCGACGACUCCAACUACAUGAUCUCGACCUUCGAGGCUCAAGCUUUGAUCUUUCUCUCCCGCCUGCUUGGCGCUAAAAGAGUUCUCGAAGUCGGUGUUUAUGUUGGGUACUCGGCAAUGAUCUGGAGUCACGCCAUAGGACCCCAAGGCAAGGUAACGGGUCUUGAAUUUAGCGAAGAGUAUGCUCAGUUGGCACGAGAAGCCGCCAAGGAAAACGGAUAUGAGAAUAUUGAGAUCCAUGUUGGACCCGCUGCUGAAACUCUCCCGACACUCGCCAAUCCCCCGGAGCCCUAUGACAUUGUCUUCCUAGACGCAGACAAGACGGGUUACCCAGGAUACUUAAACAAGAUCCUAGAGCUGUCGGCGCCGGGCGCCAAGAACCGGCUCGUCCGACCUGGCGGUAUCAUCAUCGCAGAUAACGCGCUCCGCCGCGGUCUAGUCGCUGAUUCAUCCUCGGAUAAUCCGUGGAGACCCGCCGAUUUCGAAAACGCAUGGGAAAAACAAGCUGUUACCGCUUUGCGCGAGUACAACGAAAUCGCUGCUGAGAACCCGCGCUUGGAGACGUUUUUGAUUCCUCUCUGGGAUGGGGUUCACUUGAUCAGACUGCUUGACUAAAGGGUUGAUGAAAAGUCGCCGUCGUUGGCGUAGAAUGUACCUGCCUGGUUAUUGGGAGACGCGUGUUUAUAUGACAUGUGAUUUAUCAGAGCGCGGCGUUCAACAAGCCCGUCUUUACAUAUGUAUGCAAGAUGCAUCUGGACUGGCUGUGGUACAUGGGUACGGG